AUGGCCGGCUCACCCAACUCCAACCUCCGCGGCUUCAACCACGCCGUUCAAACACUCCUCAAACAACCCUCACAAUUCCUCCCACAUCUCACAAUCCCAACAUUCACUCAUAUCCCCGAAGACCUGGACUCUCACCUCGUCAACCCAUCCCGGUCAUCCUCCCAAUCUACUACCACCGAAAAGCAACAAGAACAACCACCCAAAAUCCCGACAAUUCGCGCCCUUGUCCUAGACAAAGACAACACCCUCUGCCCCGCAAAGACAACCACCUUCCCUCCCAAGAUUCUUACCAAACUCGCCGAGCUCCGAAACUCCCCCACAAGCCCCUUCAAUCAAACCAAGAACCCGCACUCGAUUCUCAUCGUCUCUAACCGUGCCGGCAGCCAUCCAAACUACGACUCAGAAGUGGAGUCGUUAGAAAGCCAACUUGCGCAUCUCCAAAUACCUGUUUUCAGGCUGCCGGCUGGCACAGACAAGAAGCCAUUCUGCGGAGAUGAGGUUGUGCAGUGGUUCCAGGAGCGGGAAGUAAUUAGUUCGCCGAGUGAGAUCGCGGUUGUGGGAGAUCGAUUGGGAACGGAUGUUCUUAUGGCAGGAUUGAUGGGAUCCUGGAGUGUCUGGUGUAAAGAGGGAGUGUUUGAAAUUGGCGAGGAAGGGAAACCCGAGAGGAAUAUUUUGGAGAAGAUGGAAGUUUGGAUUGAGAAGUAUUUGAGGGAAAGCCGUGGCCUCAAGGCACCAGUACCCAAGAGCUGGGUCGAGAAUGAUGGUUGGUAG